UCAAGCCCAUUAUCAGCCCAUCUGGCGGAAAAACCCUAGUAUGCCACUAUAUAUUUCAACUUCGCCGAUUCUUUGCGUUGUUUGCAGCUCAUCAGAAAUGUCGAAGCGAGGUCGCGGAGGAUCGGCGGGGAACAAGUUUCGUAUGUCCCUUGGUCUGCCUGUGGCGGCCACGGUGAACUGCGCCGACAACACAGGAGCAAAGAACCUGUACAUCAUCUCCGUGAAAGGGAUCAAGGGUAGACUUAACCGUCUUCCAUCGGCAUGUGUCGGUGAUAUGGUAAUGGCUACAGUAAAGAAGGGAAAGCCCGAUCUGAGAAAGAAAGUGAUGCCCGCUGUCAUAGUUAGGCAGCGCAAGCCAUGGCGCCGAAAGGACGGAGUCUUCAUGUAUUUUGAAGAUAAUGCUGGAGUUAUUGUUAAUCCCAAGGGAGAAAUGAAAGGUUCUGCUAUUACUGGUCCAAUUGGAAAAGAAUGUGCUGAUCUUUGGCCAAGAAUUGCAAGUGCAGCUAAUGCUAUUGUCUGAGAACUUCAUGGAUUGUUUUAAUUUUGUUAUGGUUUAAGUAAUGUUUCAUCUUUGAUGGAUUGUAGAAUCAUUUCACUUUGGGUUUUGUUGAAUGGUUUUCUGGAAGACUUCAAUUUUCCUCCAAUUUUAAAUCUAUUUCUAUGUUAUA